AUGUCUGAACUCAAUGAACAGGAGUUAACUGCCAACGUACAAACUGUCUUCAGGAAACAUGCCGAAGACUUCCAAAACGACACAGUUUUACUCAAAAGUUACAUCGCCGAAGCAUUAGGAACAACUAUGGUUAGACUCCACAAUCACUUUAAAACCGACUUCGGCUAUAAUUAUGAGCCACACAAGAAUUUCUUCGUCGAAUUUUUCGCCACAAUCCAGUCUUACCUCUUUGGAACACGCGAUGGACUUGCUGACAUGGUGAACGUGUUCUUUGACGAACUGUUGUUUCGGAUGACACAGAUUCUUUUAAAUACAAAGAUGACUGACGAUUUAACCUACGUUAAAUGUAUUGCUAGUCAGUUGAAACCUCGACGCCCCUUUGAUCGAGCGCCCGAAAUAAUAAUUAACUUGACACAGGAGGCGUUUCCACCUAUCCGGAUAGCCAUCAAUUCAAUGGCGGUCGCCCACGAAGCUCUGUUGACUGCAGCCAAACCGGUUCCAAUGUCAACAGCAUGCACAUCAAAAUAUAUGCGCCUCCGAUUCUGCGGCGUAUGUCAUGGCUUCCUUUCGAUCCCGCCCUGUGAUUCAGCCUGUAGUGACCUGGCUGACGUCUGCACACCCCAACUCUCGGCGCUGUCAGGCGUUUGGCGCGAUUUUAUUUACUCCCUUCGCAAUGUGUUAGACCUGCUGCACAAAUUUCCUUCGGUACAUCGCCCCCUUCACAUGCAUCUCACUGAUGGAAUAAUGAACCUGAAGACGGUCUUCACUCGGCAUGAACAAGAGGUCCUCUCCAACUGCAGUGCACUUGAUCCUUCUCGACGUGGCGCGCCACCUCGGCAUCCUUGGUUUUCUCCAGACCAUAACAGUGGCAGGUCAAAACGCCAGGCCUCGGAGCAUCGAUCCGCCCUCUGGUCGGGCUCAGAGCUGGGACCCUCGGACAACGUGGCGCUUACUCCACAGGGUAUCGGAAACCUGCGGUUGUGGCAACAACAGACUCAGCAAAAGGUGAGCGCUUCUAUUUAUUUUUCUAGGGUUGCUUUACUGUAUUUUCGACACAGGGAAGAUCGUUGCAUGACGAGCACCACCAAUCUUCCCCAGAUGACCUCUCUCCUUAAGGGUUACUUGAAGUUUUAA